AGGCAGCGACCCCGCUGAGCUUUGAGCAGCGGGUGGGCGUGCUCGUGGGGGCGGCACGCGGCUUUGAGUAUCUCCACAGCUUCGGCAUCGUGCACCGCGACAUCAAGCUCGCCAACAUCCUCCUUGACCAAACCAUGCAGGCUAGGAUUUCAGACUUUGGGCUUGUGAGGAAGGGAGAGGGCACAGCAUUGCAGAGUACGCGAGUGGUGGGAACACCGGGUUAUGUGGACCCCUCCUAUGCCGCAUCCAAUAAGGCCACCACCGCCACUGAUGUUUACAGCUUCGGCAUUCUCAUGCUUGAGCUCAUCACGGGCCGCCACGUCAUCACCGAUUCUUUCAACACUCACUCCGAUGAGGAGGCGGGACAGCAGCUGCACAUUGUUCCCUGGGUCCAGCAGCAGCUGGCUCAAUCGGGUAGCAAGGUAGUAGUGGCAAGUCUCAAGGACGCGCGCAUGGAGGCGCGGGAUGAUUUGGUGUUGAGGGUGGUGGAUCUGGCACUGCGUUGCACCGCCAAGCACAGCGCCACGCGGCCAGCCAUGGGGGUGAUUGCAGCCGAGCUGGAGGCCGUGCUGGUGGCGCUGGGCGGCAAACGUAGCAACUCUGCCGCCUGUCAGGUGGACCAGCAGGUGGAGGAGGGGAGGAUGGCAGAUUCCGACUUGGAUGCAGAGAUUGCGCGCUUCAAUGUGUUGUUCCAUGGCAAAUAA